AUGCAGUCGAACUACCCGCUGGCACGGUGUACUUCAGCCCUUCUGAGCAGUGGUCUUGUUGACCGCUCAGAAGGCUGCUCUUUGCAUCACAGCUCUGGCUGCUUGGCCCCAGAACGCCUUUUCGUCGCAGCACUUUGUGCAGCAGGCGCCACGAAGCGCCUCCGAGAUUGCAGCCGCGGGCAGAACCAUCCAAAGGAGUCGGAACCCUCUUGCGUAGAGCUGCUCGUGGAUGCUGACACACACAGUAUAGAUGAGAUCAGAGCAGGCAUUGACUUGCUAAAGCUCGAAAAGGAAGUUGUGCGUACAACCGUUUUUGCAGCACCUGGCUUUGCCCGGAACAAGAAGUGGCAGAGGUUGUUUCGGGAAACAAACGUGUCGUUCCAUCCUGUGCCCCGGUCAUCGAUGCAUCGUGACGAAGCUAAUGACGACGCCAUCAUAGCCAGGGUGCGCAAGAUGUGCAACUCCAAAGCUGUCGUAUGCAUCGCCCUGCUGGUCUCCGACAAAGAUUAUGCAGGAGUGAUGCAAAAAGCAUUACUUUGUGACAAGGUGGUUUUGGCGAUCUGUCCAGAGAAGAGGCAACCUGUAAUCACGGCCUUUGAGGAGAUAGGAGUUCGGGUUCUGAGUCUCCCUUCGACGGGCAGCAUUUCAAAGAUCAGGGCCGUUCUGAGCGAGGAUGGAGACGGCUACGUGCACCUGGCAGAAGCUUAUCACACCCCUCUUCCUACUGGGAAGGAAGCAGAAACUGUCCGUGAAUUCUUGAACCCACUGGGUUAUCUGAGAGACGAGAGCGGGUACUUGAUACAUCCGAUGGCCAAGUUUUGGUUUCCGAACUCGCUGGGACCAUUCACGGUGUUCCUGCAGAGAAUUGCCAUGCAAGCUGUGUCUGCAUUGCGAGAGGGAGGCAGCGAGCCUGAAACGGGUUGGAAAGCGCCCGAAACAAGAAUGGCUUUCUUCCUGCCAAUUACGCACAGACGACCUACACAGACGAAAGCGAGCAGAUUCGGAAGCUCACUGGCGUGUUCCAUCUUCGAAGGGGGUGGCCCAUUCCUCCUGCAAGACUCCAGAGACUUGAUUGCACGUGCCCUUAACAGAUUGGGCUACUUGGAUUCGAGCCUGAACGGCGACAUAUCUGAGGCACUCUUGGUUUUCGUCAACAGGAACAAGAAGACGUUGCGCAAGCUCGAUGCCUUGCCAUGCCGAUCUGACCAAGCCUCAACCGUGGAAGAUGAACUCAGACACGUAUUCCUGUCUAAAGGUUCCUCUGGUCAAUGGAUCGUUGCACCCGAAGACGUUGCAGUGCGGGAGCAUCUUUGCAAGCAAGGAUUUUUGCACGAUGUGACCGCCGACCGAAACACUGUCCUUCAGGCCAUGCGCAGCUAUGCGAAGAGGAAGGCACUGCCCGACAUGAAAACUUACAGCGGCUACUCAUUCCGCAUCAUGGCCGGCCUGAACCGCAGCGAUAACAGAAGAGGGAUUGUGGAGUUUCAACUUUGA